CCACGCAAAUCCUCCCAAACACCUACUUUCACUUAAAAGCUGCCGCCGCUGCCAGGGUCAGACGGACACAUCCUCAAGAGGAGGACAUGAAAAGGGAGCGUUGCGGGAAGGAAAACACUCCUCGCCUCAUUACUCGUGAAGCUGUGGCAUGCAAAGGCAGCGUGCUUACUGCAAAAUGCUGUCAUGCGCAAAGGCUGCCCCACCCCCUCGGGCGCUCAAGGACCAGCAUAAAAGCAGCCCAGCACCUCUCUCCCUCACACACUUCUCCCGACGCCUUCUCCUCCACCGUCAACAAGGGCCCCUCCACACCGCAGACAUGGCCUGCUACGACCUCUGCCGCCCCUGCGGACCCACCCCGCUGGCUAACAGCUGCAACGAGCCCUGUGUCAGGCAGUGCGAGGACUCCCGCGUCGUCAUCCAGCCUUCUACCGUGGUGGUCACCCUGCCAGGACCCAUCCUCAGCUCCUUCCCCCAGAACACCGCCGUCGGAUCCUCCUCAUCGGCUGCCGUGGGCAACAUCCUCAGCUCCCAGGGAGUGCCCGUCUCCUCCGGUGGCUUCGGCUUCGGAGGCCUGGGCUGCUUCGGCGGCGCAAGAGGCUGCUUCCCCUGCUAAGGGCCCUCGCCACCACCCCUGACACCAGCCACCCACACCCUCGAAGCCACGGCACGGAUUGAGGACACACCUCCGGGAUGUUGCUGCCACGGGGGCCCGCCAUCCACGGCUCUUCCUCUCCAGGCACAAAGCAGGCAGGGAAGCGGGCCAGCCUGGGCUGCCUCGAAACACGGCUCACGGACCUCCUCCUCUUCUCCCACUUCCCUCUUUGCAUCGCCCCUUCGGCGGUGCGGCUCCGCUGCAACCACCUUCUCACAAGCCAAAGACCACCGGUGAACUCCAGCGUGCUGCUCCCACUGCGGGGCAGGAAGAUCUUGGUGCUCUGACGAGACCUGUCUCACACAAGGGACCUCGGCUCACGGUCGCCCUACUCGCCCCUGAGACCGGCUCCCUUCCAUUUGCCCGCUCCUGACUUUUCGCU